UCAGAUAUUUGUUGUUCGUGACUAUUUUUAUUUUCUACUUUUGUUCUCAUGUGAUAGUCAUUAAUUUUUAAUAUUUAAAAAAAAUAGAUGGCCGUAUUAAAGAGACACAUAAAUAGUAUACAAGAAAACGACAUUUCUCUUUCAGUUGUUCUAAAACGUGGCAAUAACAUGUUAUAUACAUUAUCUUGUAUUUUAAAAUAAUUGAGAAUAUUGUUUGUAUACAGAAAGCAAUUAUUUGUUCGCUGUUAAAAAACAAAUUAUUUACUACAUAAUGUAGAUCAUAUUAUACUUGCUGUGUAUAGUAAAUGUAAAUAUAUCUGCGCUUAGACAAGCAUGGAAAAACAAAGUGUUAUUUUAUUCUAUGAGAAAUGUAGAUUGUGUCUUGAAAAACAUGGAAAAUUUAAUAUUUUCGACAUUGAAGAUUUGUGUGUUAAUAUAUUAAUACACACAGGUGUUGAAGUCUCCCAGUGUGACAAUCUGCCCCAGACGAUUUGUAACAGUUGUAUAGACAUAAUAAAUAAUGCAAAACAACUAAGAUUACUUGCUACAAAGAAUGAUACAAAUCUGAGAUUACUGUUUGCUAGUGAAACAAAUGGCGACAGUAAAGAGCCUGAGGAAUUAAAUGAUGCAAUAUCAAGCAGUGCAGAUGAAGUCAAAAGUAAUAAAAAAAAAGUAAAAUCCAAAAAACGAAAAUUAAAUAAAGAAACUGAGGAUGAUACUAAUAAUAGUUGUGUUAAAAGUCCAAAUAAAAUAACAGUGAGAAAAGAUUUAUUUGAACCACUGACUGUGAGCUCUUCAACUAUAAGCCAAUCAGACCACAAUGAUAGCAAAAAAGAUAUAAAAAAAAAGAAAGGAGGAAACGCCGACAAAUCUGAUGUAUAUAAAUGUGAUGAAUGCAAAAAAUCUUUCAAUAAACCUAAGAAGCUCUAUCUACACAAACGUGUACAUAACAAAACUGUGGUGUGCCCAUUGGACGUCUGCGAGAAAACUUUCGCCACAAAAAGUGAUCUAGAGAAACACUUCCGAACUCACACCGGUGAAAAACCAUAUGAAUGUUCCAUUUGCCAUCAAAGUUUCACGCAGCGCGGCACGUUGAAGGCACAUAGACAAGCUGUACACAAUUUAAUGCAUGUCAAAAUGGCUGCUGCUAAUAAAUUAUUGCAAUUAAAUUUUGAUAAAAUAUGUCGGGCAUGUCUGGAAAUCAAGAAGGACAUGAGACCUUUAUUUGAACAACUUACUGCAACAAUGCUGAUGGGCAUUUCAAAAGUACAGGUAUCAGUUGGCGAUGGAUUACCGGCACAGCUGUGUCUGCAGUGCGUCCACCAGAUCUCGCGAUGUCACGCCUUCAAGGAGACCGUGGAACGGAAUGACAUCGUGUUACGGGAACGUGCCAAACUCAAGGCCGAAAGAGAAGAGAAGGAGAAACUUUUAAAUAUGGCGUGUGCGGACAGUCCAUAUAUUCAAUAUGUGGAAGUACCAAUGGCCAGCAACAGUAACCAGAUCCUUGAUGGAUUCUUCACAACAGAUCAAACCAGCAGUAAAGAGGAGUCUCCUAAAGUCAACUUUGAAUCGGAAAAGGAAGCACCCACCCCAGCAACGUCAAAGGAUGAUGACGCCCUCAACUCUGACGAGGAGAACUACCUGCAACUGGUGGUGUUUCAAGCGACGUCGACGGUCACCCCCGGCCGACACGUGUGUAACCUCUGUCACAAGGAGUUCAAGCACGCGCGCUGGCUGAAACAGCAUAUGCGUUCACAUACCAAUUGGAUUAAAGCCAACUGCAAGAAGCCGCCCAUGUGCCCUAUAUGCGAGAGGACUUUUAAGGGUCCAGGAAUGCUAAAGAUGCACAUGCGUACCCACGAACAGCGACCGCCGAAGCAACCAACUUGCUCCGUUUGUCAACGGACCUUCUCUACCAAGACUUUGUUGUAUCGCCACCGGCAAACCCACUUCGAACAGAAAACCCAUCAAUGCACUGUGUGUGACAAAAGAUUCUUUAGUGGGUACGCUCUAAGGUCCCAUAUGGCUCGGCAUCGAGGCGAGCGGCCGUAUAUUUGCUCUAUGUGUAGUAAGAGCUUCUACAAUCCGACGGACUUGAAGGUACAUUUCCGUCUGCACACCGGCGAGAAACCACUGAAGUGUUCAGAGUGUAACAAGACAUUUAGGAGGCAUUCCACACUCUGCCAGCACAUGAAGAAACAUCGUGGUAUACGAAACCACAUAUGUUCUGUGUGCAGCAAAGCUUUCUACGAGGUGUCCAAGUUGAAUGCUCACAUGAGGGUACAUACCGGGGAAAGACCAUUCGAAUGCAACUUCUGUGAGCGCAAAUUCGCCCAGCAAUCAGCGCUUAUUUACCAUCGACGUACGCAUACUGGUGAAAAGCCGUACAAUUGCAAGAUAUGUUCGGCGAAAUUCACAACCUCUUCGGCAAGGAACAAUCACAUGGUCACGCACACAGGCAAUAAGAGGUUCGUGUGUCCGGUAUGCUUCAAAGGCUGCACGUCGCGUACCGAGCUGCGGAUUCAUUCCACGAAGCACACAGGCGAGAAGUUGUACGGCUGCGAGUUGUGCGAUCAGAGGUUCAGUUCUGCUUCGUACCUCGCCGUCCACCGCCGGUUCCACUCAAGCGAGAGGAAGUACCAAUGCAACAUUUGCGGGAAGGGAUAUGUAGAAUCAAAUUCAUACAAGAAACAUAUGAAAACACACGAAGUGAAAGCCACAGGAACUGAGUCGUCACAUUCGGAAAAUAGCAUUGAAAAUAUGAACGCCGAUGACAAAGUCCCUGAUGAUAAACAGGAGUCUGUAGCACAAGCUGUUGUUACCGAGGAUCAGACGGAAAGUCAAGGUCAGGAGCAGGGCGAGGACACCACACAGAGGAGAUAUAAAUGCGGAUUAUGUGAUAGAACAUAUAUGUAUAUACAUAGUCUGAAGAAACACAUGAUCAGCCAUGUUCAGCAGCAACAACAACAACAAUCACAACAGCAGGUACAGGUACAGCAACAACAGCACCAGCUGCAGCAACAGGUGCAGGUGCAGCAACAACAACAGCAACACCUGCAACAGCAGGCGGUUCUGCAGGUGGGCAGCGUGCAGCAGCUCGCUGUGCCGAUACACGCGCAACACGUGCAGGGCGCAUCACACACAUACCCAGUAAUAUCGUCAGUGCAGUCACUGCAGCUUCAGCAAACACAACAGCAAGUUAACACGCAGCAACCGCAGCAGCUUCAAGUACAAACCAUACAAAUUCACCCGCAACACCAACCAAUACAAAUACAUGCAGUGGGCGUUCAACAAGUACAACAGCAACAACUGCACGUGGCCACCUCCACUUGUCAGACCAUGCUGCCCAAUAUACUGCAGCUGCAGCCAGCGACGGCGGCAGUAGCAGUGUCAGGACUGGGGCAGCAGGAACUGGGCGGCGUCGCGCAUCGCAUCAUACUCCAACCACAGCAUCCUGCACUCUACACCAUACACCACUGAUGUGCACCAACCAAUACACCUUCUGGAACAUUCUAAACGCUCAGGUUUACCAAAAAUAUCUAGAUGUAUCCCCCAUGCAACAUAGCCUAUGUUACUCACUGAUAAUGUACGCGCUAUCUAUAGAUGAAUGAAUACUUAAAAUCUGUCAAAUUAUAGUUUAAUUUAUCUGUUGUUUAUUUUUAUUAUUAGUACAGGGAAUAAAAAUAUGUAUAUUUUCCAGUUAAUAUGUUAACAUAACUAGAAAAUACUGUGGAUAAUAAGUGCACUCUUGAACGAACAUAAAAGUAUAUAUAUUGAAAAAUUUAAUUUUUACCGUUUGUUUUGUGAAACCUUAACCAACUCUGAAUCAAUUGAUGGUACGAGAUUUAUUUUAUAAAAUAUAUAUGCUGCAGCAUUUAUAUUUUGGGUGCCUAUUUUUAUGAUACUUGGAUGUCAUAAGAAUUAAUAAAUUUAUUUUUUAAAUUUUUACACAAACAUAUAACUCUGUAGGUAAUAUCUUUGAGUAGCAAUUGCAAGUCAAGCAUUAUAUGUUUUUCAUUGGCGUUAAAACUACUUAAAAUAAAACGAGAAUAAUUUA